AUGUUGGAAUAUGAAAAAAGUGGAGAAUUAAAGACCAGAUCCAUAGAUUUGCUUGAUCUUGGUCCCAGUACUGAUGUCAGUGCAUUAGUAGAAGAAAUCCAGAAAGCAGAACCUCUAAUCACGGCUUCACGUACUGAGCAAAUCAAACUUUUAAUACAGAGAUUACAAGAGAAACUUGGACAGUACAGCAACCACCAAUUCUAUCUUUUUAAGGUUCUCAGAGCACAUAUAUUGCCAUUGACUAAUGUUGCACUUAACAAAUCUGGCUCAUGCUUUAUCACAGGAAGCUAUGAUCGGACGUGCAAGCUCUGGGACACUGCGUCUGGAGAGGAGCUGCACACCCUGGAGGGCCACAGGAAUGUGGUUUAUGCCAUAGCAUUCAACAAUCCUUAUGGUGACAAAAUUGCCACUGGAUCCUUUGAUAAGACUUGUAAACUGUGGAGUGUAGAAACAGGAAAAUGUUACCAUACCUUUAGAGGCCACACAGCAGAAAUAGUAUGCUUGUCAUUUAACCCUCAAAGCACAUUGGUGGCUACUGGAAGUAUGGACACAACGGCCAAACUGUGGGACAUCCAGAACGGAGAGGAGGUGUUCACCUUAACAGGACAUUCCGCUGAAAUCAUCUCCUUGUCAUUUAACUCCUCAGGAGACAGAAUCAUUACAGGGUCUUUUGAUCAUACAGUUGCAGUAUGGGAUGCUGAUACUGGAAGGAAGGUGUAUACCUUAAUCGGUCAUUGUGCUGAGAUCAGCAGUGCCUUAUUCAAUUGGGAUUGCUCUCUCAUAUUAACCGGCUCAAUGGACAAAACCUGCAUGCUGUGGGAUGCUACAAAUGGAAAAUGUGUAGCAACCUUAACAGGCCAUGAUGAUGAAAUACUGGACAGCUGCUUUGAUUAUGCUGGAAAGCUUAUUGCAACUGCUUCAGCUGAUGGAACAGCAAGAGUUUUCAGUGCAGUCACAAGAAAAUGCAUUACCAAACUGGAAGGCCAUGAAGGUGAAAUUUCAAAGAUUUCUUUCAACCCCCAAGGGAACCGUCUUCUGACUGGUAGUUCUGACAAAACAGCUAGAAUCUGGGAUGCUCAGACUGGCCAGUGCCUCCAGGUCCUUGAAGGUCACACUGAUGAAAUCUUUUCAUGUGCUUUCAACUAUAAAGGCAACAUAGUCAUUACAGGCAGCAAGGAUAAUACCUGUAGGAUAUGGCGUUGA